UACCAUCCGAGGUGGGAUUUCAUUCUUAUUCCUGUGUGACAGUUAAAAACUGUAGGUUUGUGGUUCUUUGAGAAUGGGAGCAGAAAUGGUAGCAACCCUUACGUUUACAGGCGCUCCAAGUCCAAUAAAUUCUAUCAUAACGAUAACCACACAAAAAUUCUAUCUGGGCAGGUCGCCAUUUUCUUUUUCUUGUGCUGCGCAACCAGAAUGCAGUCUCAGUAGGACCCCAUUCCCUUCCUUAUCUUUAAACUCCAGACAUGGUGGUUUCUCUGUUUCAGCCUCUUCUUCUUGUUCUUCUUCGACAAACCCCAAAGCUUCUGCCAAGCUCUACGUCAGUGGUCUUUCAUUCCGUACCACAGAAGAGAGUUUAAGAAAUGCUUUCGAAAAUUUUGGGCAGCUUGUUGAAGUCAAUUUGGUGAUGGAUAAAAUAGCAAAAAGGCCGAGAGGGUUUGCUUUCCUUCACUAUGAAACUGAGGAAGAAUCUAAAAAGGCUAUUGAGGGAAUGCACGGAAAGUUUUUGGAUGGAAGGGUAAUAUUUGUGGAAUUUGCAAAACCAAGAUCAGAGCUUAAUCAAGGUCUUAAACAAAACCCUAGGCGGUAUUGAAGACCAAACUAAGCUCAUCUCAUCUCAUCUCAUCAGCUUGUGUAUCGACCAUAACCAUGAUUGUAAAAUACAUUGUUUUUCCCAAAGCAAUUUACAAUGAAAUGAGUGAUUAAUAGUAAAUUAAAUAAAUAUAUAUGUAUACAUCUUGUUUGAAAUGUGAACAAAUUAAUAUAGUAUUUUUAGAAAUUUGGUAUGAUAUAA